AUGAAUGUUUUUUGUCAGGCCUUCGCCGACGACAUCGUAGUCGUGUUUGAUGGAGACACGGCUCUAGAAAUAGAGCAGACAGCAAAUCGUGUCUUAGACGAAAUUAACAAAUGGGGCAAUAACAACAAGCUCAAGUUUGCGCCACACAAAACCUGUGCCCUCCUCUCUACGAGGAGGAUCAAGCACGACACACCACGGCUCAUUAUGGGGGGUGUGGAAAUCAAGUACCACGCCCAAAUAAAAAUACUGGGCCUCAUAAUAGACAGCGGCCUUACAUUCAACACCCAUGUCGGAAGUGUGUGCCAAAAGGCAAUCGCCCGAUAUAAACUUUUGGCUAGGGCAGCCAGAGUUGGCUGGGGACUUAACCCCGAAAUAAUUAGGACUAUAUAUAUAACAGUAAUAGAACCGACUGUUAUGUAUGCAGCGGCAGCGUGGGCACCCACCGUGGGAAAGAUGGGGGUCCAAAAAAGGCUUAACACCGUGCAACGGGGUUUCGCCCAGAAAAUCUGCAAGGCGUAUCGGACCGUCUCCCUGAACUCAGCUAUGCUGUUGGCUGGGGUGCUCCCUCUUGAUCUCAGAAUACUCGAAGCAUCGAGAUUAUAUGGGAUCAAGAAGGGUGUGCCACACCCAGCGUUGGGGGACAGGGAGGUGGAACGAAUGGCACCCGCGGUUGAGGACCCACAUCCGGCAGAGCAGGUAGGGCUGGGGUUCGGGCUGGUCGACGAGGACACAUAUCCCGACGUGGUUGAUAGCCACGUACGAAGGAUCUAUACGGACGGCAGCAAGAUUGAGGGCCGAGUCGGAGCCGCCCUUUCCGUAUGGGAGGGGGAGGCCGAGACAAAAGCCGUCAAGCUUGCAUUACCGACGUAUUGCACCGUCUACCAGGCCGAACUCCUAGCGCUCCAAAGAGCAGUAGAUAUGGCCUGCAAGAGUGGAGCGGCGAAGGUCGGUGUCCUCAGCGACUCCAGAUCGGCCCUCGAGGCGGUCACCCUCAGUUCCCCCCACCCCCUUGCUGUGCAAACAAGGGCGGCCCUCCGAAAAGCUGCUUCGCAGAGGCGGGAGGUCUCCCUGUUUUGGAUCAAGGCGCACGCAGGGCUAAGGGGGAACGAAAGGGUCGACCAGUUAGCCAAGGAGGCCGCUCUGGGGUCGAAAAGGAAACCCGACUACGAUCUGUGUCCUGUUUCAUUCAUCAAGCGUAUCUUAAGACAGGAUACGAUCGGGGAAUGGGACAGGAGAUACGAUGUAGGGGGGACGGCCGGAGUCACGAAGCUCUUUUUCCCAAGCGCUGCUGCUGCAUACAAAACAGUACGGAAAAUAGACAUCACACACCACACCACACAAGUACUGACUGGACACGGUGGAUUCGCCUUCUACUUGCAUAGGUUCAAGCUAAAGGAGAAUCCGUCGUGCCUGUGUCAGCCUGGAGUCGAGGAGACGAUUCCUCACCUGUUACUCGAGUGUCCGAUUUUUGCAAGAGAUAGAUACGCUAUUGAGCAAAAAUUGGGCAUCACGAUGACGGUUGAGAAUCUGUCGGAGGCCCUGGGGGAAAAGAGGAGGGAAGAGUUCCUCCGAUACU